AUGCUGAUAACGAGAGUGCCGGAUGUUGUGUUGUUCGGUCACUGCUGUAAAUGUAUUCCUGCACAAGCCACAGUCCCGCGCCCACUACGCAGUGACACAAGCGUCAGCGUUUGCGAUGGUCGAACUGCUGUUGGUGUCACCGUGCUUAAUACCACCCAAUCUCUCGGGUUUGCCCUAUUGUCCUACCGUGGAGUUUUCAAGUUAAGGACUUUCCCGGACCUUUCCAAGCAAAUCGGAGACCGCAAAGAGAAGGACGUGCUCGAGGACCACUUCAACGCUUACCCUGCUGAAAGCCUUGACUACAGACACUGGUCGGCGGAAAGAUGA